CGACUGUAAUGCUGAAUUUUUUUGUGAUCUUUGACAGAGGCAGGAUCCCGUAGCCUGGGGGCCGGAUUUUGCUGCCAUGUCUCGGGAUGUGCUGAACAUUCGCUAUACCCUCCUGCCGUAUUUGUACACGUUGAUGUAUGAAGCCCACGUUCAUGGAAACACUGUGGUCAGACCGCUGUUGCACGAGUUUGUCACUGAUGAAAAAACAUGGGACAUCGACAGACAGUUCCUCUGGGGUCCCGCUCUUCUAAUCACACCUGCUUUGGACCCGGGUGUUACUGUGGUCAGGGGAUACGUGCCAAAUGACCGCUGGUAUGAUUACCACACGGUAAGCAGUUUACCAACAUGCAAGUAA